GGUCACAGUCUGUCUUGUGUGUCGGGAUCGCGCCUGGGAUGACGGUGCACGCCCCUCUCUCACGGUCAACAAGAAGAGCUCACCAUUCAUAACAAGGCUGUAUUCGGCGAAGAUGGCGAUGUUCGUCGCGCUCCGGUGCGUGUCUGCAAACUUUCCCUCAGCACUGCCUCUGAUUUCGCGCACAGCUCAGGUACCCACAUGCCGGCUGUUGUGGAAGGCCUGCACCCCGCGGACACUCAGUACUGCCUCCCGAUUGACCGCAGCCCUCAAAUUCACGGACAAGCAUGAGUGGGUACGGGUAGAAGGUGGCAUAGGCACAGUUGGCAUCAGCAAUUUUGCUCAGGAAGCACUAGGUGAUGUGGUAUACUGUGGACUCCCUGAAGUUGGGACAAAACUUGACCAAAUGGAGGAGUUUGGAGCAUUGGAAAGUGUGAAGGCCGCUAGUGAGUUAUAUUCCCCUUUGACUGGAGAGGUAACUGAAGUCAACCAGGAGCUGGCAGAAAACCCUGGUCUAGUCAACAAAUCUUGCUAUGAAGAUGGCUGGUUGAUCAAGAUGACCAUUGACAACCCGGCAGAGGUAGACGCGCUGAUGGACGAAGUGGCCUACGAGAAAUACAUCAAGUCAAUCGAGAACUAAGGAGCGAUGCUGGAAACCUCCCUUCUUUUGUCUCAUGUUAACAACGGUUAGAACUCACGCCAAACUAAUCCUACCCAUGGUCCACCGAGAGCUCCUGCAGCUUCCCCCAGGAGUCUGCCGCACCACCAUGGAAAACUCCCAGCUGAAAAAGGAAAAAAAAAAAAAA